GAGAAUUUCAAGAAGUAUGUUUUAAUGAUAAUAUUUCAAUGCAAUAAGUAGUUUUGAUGACACCAUCAAAUAUAACGUAAAUGUCUUUUUGGGUAAAUAUAUAGGAGAAUUAUGAUAAAUAUGCUAUAUUAGCUAUAAUAUUUGUAUCCUACAAAUGCUGGUGCUGACAAACCAUACUUAUUACUUAACAUCGGAGAAUUUCUAGUUCUCUUCAUAAGAUGAAGCAUAGAGGUAUGUAUGGCACGGUAAACGCUGGCAACGUGAUUCAGACCUCUUGUACGGUCCAUUAGUCUCUGACCAGCAAUUCAGAUCCCUACAUCCUAGUUCGAACCGGCUGGGGUACGAGCAGGGAUGCCAUAUAUACAGAUUUAUAUAUAUUAUACAGAUUUUUGAGCAUCCGUACAGAUUUCAAAAAUCUUCUAUAUUUUUUUUAUAAUAAUUCCUGUAGAAAUUCCUAGGUAAUAUUUCAGGCCAAACAUAUCUAAAGGUCCUAUCUGCAAAACUCGUGAAGAGGAGAAUAUCAAAAUGAUAACAAAGGAAUCAAAAUGAAUGAAAAGUUUUCUAGGAAUUCAUUGAACAAUUCGCGAUAGAAAUUCUGGAUACAUCUCCGAGGAAGUUUGUGGAGGAAAAACUCGUGGAAGAUUUUCUGCAAGGAAUCCUUACAUGAUUUCUCUUGGAGAAAUCAUGUAGAAUAUCUGAGGAAGUCUAUGGAAAGUUUUCCAAAAAAAACUCCGUGAAGAAACUUCUCGAAAUCUAGAGAAAUUUCUGGACCAAACUUUAAAAGAAUUCCUAAAACAAUCAACGGUAGGUUUUCCCAAAAUUCUAAAAAUUUCGUUUUUUGACGAAAUGCUUCCAUAAAUUCCCGAAUAAAAAGAUUUUUCAAGAAUAUAAGAAAUAAGUACUAAAGAAAUCUAUGGACGAAUUUCUGCAAGAAUCCUAAAAAGGAUUUUUUUCAGAAAACCCCUGUUAAAAUUUCCGACUAAAUCCUUGGAAAUAAUUCCAAAAGGAAAAAAAACAUAUUUGAAAAAUGUUUGAAGGUAUCCAUGUACGAGUUUCUGAUGAAAUUUUUGGAAGAUUUUCUGAAAACCUUCGGAAGAAUUUCUGAAGCAAUCAAUGAUCAGUAUAUUCGCCUCACUCCAUUUAUAUUCACUCCUCUUUGCUGAAGCGAAUCGAGAAAGAUGCAGCAAACGGAUUGUCGUGAUCAAACACGCAAAUCCAUCAUCAGUGGGAAGCGAACCGCAAGCUACUUGACAUGGAUAUUCGUUGCCGAUUGUCGCAGUUUGGAUCGCAAGCGAAUGAAUGAAUGGCGAAUGGUAACGAAUGCUGGUGAGCGAUCGAAGCGGCUAUUAUCAUAACUAGAAGAGAAUUUCUGCAUGUAAUGCAUACAUUUUUAGUGUAUUGUUGUUAAAAUGCUAGAUUAGCAGAGAAAAUAAUAAACAUUUUUAGAAAACUUCAAAAAUUCGUAUGCGACGAAUCGCAUCACCGCUCGAUCGCUUGCGAUGCGAAUGUGGACAAAUGUUUAAAUUCCAUGUGUGGCUUACCACCGUUCGCCGAAGUUUGCUGUCGUCGCUGACAAGCAAACACACAAACUGAAGUGACAACCGUUCGCUGCUGACUGUAUUCGAAUGUAGAAGAAGAUGAAAAGUGGAAAUCAGGAACCCUGGAAGCAAUCGCUGGAGAUUUUUUCGAAGAAAUUCUUUUAAACAUAAUAAAUAAUAUGCAAAGGAUUUUCUGUGGAAAUCCCUAGACCUAUUUAUUGGGGAAUUUCUGAAGCAAUUCAUGAACAAUGUUUCUAACAUAAUUCAGUGUGAAACUCCUAGAAGGAUGCCCAGUCAAAAUUCUAGUGCAGUUCCAUGAAGAAUUUCUAGGGUAUUACCCGAACAAAUUUUCGAAAUGUAUCCUAAGUAAAUAUUUUGGAAGAAUUCGUAAAGAAAUUUCUUGGAGAAUUUCUGGAGGAUUCCUUGCAGAAACGUUCAAUAAUCCAAUCAUUGCUAUGAUAUGCUGGAUUUACAGAAAGGUUUCAUAUAUGAAACGUUUGUUUGUCAUAGUACCCGGAUGAAAUGUUUUCGUUUAUUUCCAUUGCAUAUUGGCUAUACUAAUGACCGAAUUUCAACAUAUUCCUAGUACCGAAAGUAUCGGUAUCAAAGCUCAGUCAGUACCGGUAUUUCGGUACCAAAAAUAGUUCGGUAAAACCGGGAUUUACGGUACCGCUACUACAUCCCUACCUAGUGGAGCGGACCUGGUGUGAUGGUUAAAGCACGUGACUAUCUCGCCGAGGACCUGGGAUCGAAUCCCACUCCCGACAAACUCGCAAAAUGUGAGUUCUUCCUUCGGAAGGGAAGUAAAGCGUGGGUCCCGAGAUGAACUAGCCUAGGGCUAAAAAUCUCGUUAAUACAGAUACAAAAAAAAAUACAUCCCUACCUGCCGGCACUCUGUAGGGGUAUUUUUGCUGGCCACUCUGCGAUUAUUUUUUUAUCACAUUUCCCCUUAAAUCCAUGAUUCAAUUGUUGAACACAGCCAAUACCUAAAGGCCAUUCCAGUUCCAAGGGUAUUUGAAAUGGUCUCAGGGAGUUUCUAGUUGUGUUCCAGUUGGCUUCAGAGGCGUUGCAGAUGUUUCAGAGAGAUUGAUAAGUGAUCUAAAGGUGUUCUAGAGGUGUUUCAGGGCGUGUCAAGAGCGUACCAAGGGAUUACAAGGAGCUCCAUUGAUACUUCUGGGGAUUUCACAAGCCUUCACGUUCCUUAAUUUCCGGUCAUUUCAGGGCGUACCAAGAGUGUUUCAGGGGAUCUGAGGGAGUUUCAAAAGGCUUAAGAACGUUUCAAUGGGUUUACAUCGCUCUCCUGGAGAGUUCAAUUGUCGACAACCCCUGCGACGAAACAGGACUUGCGAUUGGAAGCUCGGUACGUAGAACUGCAGAUCUCUCAAUUUCAUCGGGAGCACCUGCAUACUUGCCGAUAUACUGAUGGACUGCGGGUUUGGCAUUGUAGCGCUGCAUUAGGUAUGUAGGGACAGGAUCAACGAUGCGAAGAGCUGCGGUAACACAACAAGCGAGCUGGGAACAGGUUUUAAAAUAAGGGCUGGCAAUGCGAUUCGGACCUCUUAAAGUAAGGUUCUUCAGCCUUUUGCCAUGCACCACCGAUCCCGAUCUCCAAACGGCACCGGUCGAAAUACGAGCAACCUCAGGAAAGAUAGUCCAAAAAAUACUGAGAAAUCAACAAGAGCAUACGAACCGAGACCAACGGCAACGACUCCAGAGAACAAAAAGGACUGAAAACUGAACUCUUCGUGAUCAAUAACCUACGGCACCGACGGCCGCCUCAGUAUAAUCUGGAGCGACUGAAGCAACCGGAUAUCACCACCGCAUACGCGCAGAAUCUUGAGACAGAGUUGCCGGACGAGGGUGAGCUCAAUGAAUCCCCUCUCAAGGGCUGUUAAAGUACGAUAUAAGCAGCCAUCGCAGCUGAGACAAACGUUGAGUAUGUGGAACAGUACCGAAGGAACGAUUGGUUCAACGAUGAGUGUGGAGAGAUUUUGGAAAAUAAGAACGCAGCGAGGGCGGUCAUGCUGCAGCACGGGACCCGGCAGAACGUGGAUCGAUAUAAAAGAACGCGGAAACAUCUUCCGGAAGAAAAAGCUCCGUCAGGAAGAAUCGAAAUGCGAACAUAAGGAACUGUUAUGCCGUUCACAAGAAACACCAGAAGCUUAACGCAUCCCGCAAAGGCUUCGUGCCGCGAACCGAAAUGUGCAGGGAUAACGACGAGAGCAUCUUGACAGACGGACGUGAGGUGGUCGAAAGGUGGUGUAGUGUCGAUCUACUUGGUUUUCCUAAAUGUGUAUUAACCUUGAGCAUAUCAUACCUUAACUAUGUAUAAACCUUAACAAUAUCGAGAAGCAUACCUUUUGUUGUAACAUACCUUGUUGACAGAAUAAAGCAGUUCAUUUCUAUCCACGAUCAGAGACGGACGCGUGUGCGGUUAAGGGGGAAAUCAGUUUGGUUUUUCUAACACAUGCUUGCUUAAUUUUCUCACAUGUGUGAGUUUUCAAUUGAAAAUGAAGAAAUACUCGAAUUUUCACCACUAUCUGAUGUCGAGUUAUUUUAAAAUUUGCUUCAACGCUUGCUCAGGACACUUACCUUUUCAUUGAAACCAAGAAAUACAACAUUUUCACAAUAUUUCACUGCAAAACUGCUAAUUUAUAAAUUGUGCGCUAUCUUUUCCAAAUUCCCCCCCAACGCACACCAGCUCGCACCAUUUCACUAGCACUAUCUUACCGGGAACAGUCUCACUUUUUAAUUGCCUCUCGAAACGUAAUUGCUUCCAUAAUCGAAGUGUAAAAUGUUUCACCGGCUUCACAAAUGGAAUAAUAGGGUAUAUGUACCAUUCCUUGGCCUAAUUUGCAAGCCGCCUUGACAAUUUUGACCAUAAUUCAUGAAUUAAUAGCACUAGAAAUAAUAUGUUGACCCUAUAAGACACUCUAGGCAAUGUAUGUUUCGCCAAUUGGAAGUAAACUAACGUAAAUAUUCAAGAAUUUACUUAAUUAAGUUGAAAAGAUUGGAUGCGAUGGUAUGCAACGUUGGUCUAUGGUACAACAAUUGGCCUAUUAGUGGAUACAACGUUGGCCUAUUGCUUUCUAUUCACUAGAACCACUAAUUAUCUCAUUUUUCAAAAUUUCUGCUGAAGUAUGAUCUCUGUUUGUUCACCAAUCCUACCUUUAAAUUACAUUUUCGGAGCCAAAUGUUCAAAAAACUAUAAAUAAAUCACUUAAACUAAAGUUCUUUCUUAAUUUAGUAACGAAAACAACGCAACCCUAUAUUGUGUUAUAUUUUUACAGUCACCGCACACAAAAUCUUUUUUUCUGUUCGUUCUUUCUGGUUCUUACGCAAACAAUGUUGUGACGUCACUUUAUCGGUGUUUUUGACGUCACUUUACAGAUGGGCCAAGAUUUGGGUACAUUGUGAUAAAAAUGUCCUCAAUAUUCGGCCCACAUUCAAUUUGUAAAAUAGUUAUUAUUCGUUGAAAACAAAUACACAACUUCAAAAUAGCGUCUUUGACCGUCGCCUCAAAUGUUCAGUUAUUGAAAAGUCAAUUCGAAAUGUUCCAGAAUCUUGCCAUUUAUGAUCAUGUGUAUAGACUACCCACUAAGCCGAAGAAUCAUGGCGUCUACAAAAGCUUAACAAAGUGACAUUUUCAUUCAAUUCUAAUGCUCCAAAGUGCUAAAAUUGAAACGAAAUGUUACAUUUGUUUAGCGUAUAGCUUUUCCGAUAUCCAGCUAUGCGUGUUUGUUUGAGUUUUUGGUUUACGUUGAGAUAGGCCGAACGAGGGGACUAUGCCAACGAAGCAUCCCGAUACCCUAUUCACUACAUCACGAAAAAGUCCGCGGCGAUAGCCACACAAUCGCGAAAACUGCACAAAAUCGUUUUUCACUUUCCAACCGGCGCGGUAUUUACUUCCAUGUAGUGCACAUACAUGGUGUGGCUUUUCUUGAUUUGCUGUUUCUUUUAUUCUCCCAUUGCCUAUGCGUGCAUAUUUCUUGCGUCAUAUGCACAGCGUGAUAAACAAGUUGAAGAUGGGAAAGAGACAAAUGAAAUGCACUAACGAACCUGCCUCAUCUGCACAUCCGCGUGCAGGAGUGUUUGUUUACUCUCUGUAAAGUCAGUAGGCGCUUUCACCAAUACUUAUAAAUUGUGAGUUGAACCUUAAGUGCAAUAUUCCGAACGGCCGAAACACUACAUUGGCAGACGAGGAAAAUUCCGAACAAUUUCAUCGCGGUAGCUGUGGUAAAAGGGUGGAAACCCGAAAGCUGUUGAUUUCGAGGUUGAUUUGAUCAGUUUUGUGAAAGUUUUGGGUCAAAAGAAUCUUGUCAAGUGAAAAGGAAAAGCGGUAGGUGGGAUAGUGCAAAAGAAUUUAAAAGGAAAAAUAGUCUUCGAAGUGCAUUAUUCUGGAACACGUGGGUUUGAUGCAUGAAAUGAUGCCAAGAGUGUGAUAGCAGAAAAUGGCGUGAAACAUGUGGUUGGUUUGCAAGAAAAAUAAAAUGGCGUCUUCGUUCAUUGGAACAUGCCGGGGAGAAAGAGAGAGGCAUCAAGUUUGUAUAGAAAAUGAGAAGCGUGAUGGUGUUGGUAACGUUUUCAAAUAAACAGGGUCGUCACGUACACCAAAAGAAAAACAGUGGUAGUGGUUGCGGAAAAGCUUUACUACGAACGGUAAUGAAAUGAAAAGAAAGCUAUUUGGGCUUGGGUUAGUGUUGGUGAACUGGAUUCCACGAUGAUUGUUGGUGCUUGGAUUAUUGUUUUGAGUGGCGGAAAAAAUAAAAUGGCGUCAUUGGAAAUUAUUGAAAGUGGAGAAGAAACGAUGAAUAUUGCUAUUAAUGCCAGAAAGAAGUUGGGGAAGAUAGAUGCAUGUGAAAAUAUUGAUGGCUUUUAGCAACUUCAAGUGCAUGUGUAUUAAACUAUUCUGAAAGAUAGAUGGAAUAGAAAUAAAAAUCAUAUUGAUAGAAAAGCUAUUUGAGUUGAUGAAUUUGGGAAAGGGUACAUGGUGAAAUGUACAACCAUCGACAGCAUCUGUUAUACAACACUACUAGAGAAAUACGAUGGAUAAUCCGUAUUUACAAAUUACGGAUCUGAUAACGUAAGCCAAUGCUGGCAGGGUAAGUCCACAACAAUAUUUAUUCAUAUGGCGUAAAAAAAUCGAAAAUGAAAGAUUUUGGUGCAAUUAUUCAGAAGGUAAUUGGCCUCCUAAAGUGGUGUUAAGUUUUGUGAAAUCACAUUUCGUAUUUUAGUGAUUGAGUCGUUCCAGAUAAAAUUUAAUGUGGGAUCGGGGUAGAAAAAAUCAUUUUAUCGAUAAAUGUACCAAAAAAAUUUAUUAUUAAACUGAUGGGGAACUGGUAUUUCCCUUUCAAACUUCCUAAUUUACACGUCAUAACCUCUACCUUCAAUCGCCAAUAGAAAAAUGAGAGAACUUUGAAUGGUUUUGAGUCAUGGGCCGAGAGCCGGAUUCUCAAAUUAUGAAUUGUUGUUCGAUUAUUGAAAUGGGACGAGAUCCGGAUUCACCAGGUUCAAAAUCUAAUUGCUUCCCUGAUAAAAAAAAAAUUCCAAUAAAAUCACCAUAAAUUAUCAUUGAAUAAUGAUACAUUUUACUGUUUAACAAUGGAAUAUAUUGUGUGCGUACUAUCCUGUUGAUAAUGCUGUAUCGGAACUACAGUACGUGCACAAUAAAAUCAAUGGUACUAGAGAUUUCAAUAAUAAAAACACCAUAAAUUGAAUAAUAGUUAACUUAACAUAACAAACCCCAUUUUCUAUUGUAAAAGUGACAUUUACAUUGUGGAGCGGACCUGGUGUGAUGGUUAGAACACUUGACUAUCACUCCGAGGACCUGGGAUCGAAUCCCACUCCCGAUAAACUCACAAAUUUGAGUUCUUCCUUCGGAAGGGAAGUAAAGCGUGGGUCCCGAGAUGAACUAGCCUAGGGCUAAAAAUCUCGUUAAUACAGACAAAAAAAAAAAAAAAAACAUUUACAUUACAUGCUAUGGUGGAAAACCAUAGGGUCUUUUGGUACUCUAUCGUUUUAAACAAAUGAAUUAUUGGUAAAUACCAUUCAUUUCAGCGUGUUGUAACAAGACAUUCUAUUGUAUCUCUAUGAUCUUUUUUUAUCAGGGUUAGCAUUCGUAGGAAUAGUAUUGAGUCAUGGGCCGAGAGCCAGAUUCUCAAAUUAUGAGUACUUGAAAUAAUCAGAGUGAAAUGGGACGCGAUCCGGAUUCACCAGGUUCAAAAGCAAAUGUCUUAGUGUGGUGUUGGUGUUGAGUCAUGGCAAAUAUACUAUAUUAAUAAUAUAACUCACUUCCAGCUAUUUCUGGCGACCCUUUAUCCUGUGCUUGUGGCGCCGCUUGUGACGAACGUGGCAACUAUUACACUCUAAAAACGUAUGCCCUUCAGAAAUACACACGCUGUCAACAUUAAUGAACUAGGGAUGUCAAUAAUCUCUUCAGUUAUCGAUAAAUAAUAUCAAAAUGUUUAGGGCUUAUAUAUAAACAAAUCAUAUUCUUUGCGUAAUAGCUUUUGCACACAAUAUACUUUAAGUCAAAAUGAAUCAACAAGUAUCCCCAAUAGCUAUAGCAAUUUGACCAAAAUAUUUCACUUAUUGGUACUUCCAAAACAAAUAUGCUCCUGGAAAAAAAUGAUAAUUGCGAAACGUCAAAUUGCGUAUGUUCCAUCACUGAUAUACGACAGUUACAAAAUAUAAACUUAAUAUUUGCUUUGUCCAAUAUCAUAAUUUUGUUUGUGCAAAUUGAAUCUUGUACAUCCCUAAAUAUUAUUGACGACCAUAACAAAAGGAAAUGUCAUGGAGACACGGUUAAACAUAUUUAGCAAAUAUGUGGUUUAAUUUAAGGUUGAUUGCCACGUUUGACGCUAGAUGGUGCUGUAAGCUGUUCGCCAAUUCAAUGUAUGGGGAACGCGGAAGUGAAUCAUAUUGUUUAUAUAAUAUAUUUGGUCAUGGGCUGAGAGCCGGAUUCUCAAAUGAUGAACAGUUGCAAUGAUUAAGGUGAAAUGAGCAGUGCAUCUACCCAUCUGUUUGUGUUUGAGUUCUAGUCAAAAUUUAUUUCAACCUUCAAAUCAAAAUUUCACAAAUUACCUGUAUUUCAGAAAUAAUGGGAAAUAACAAGUUGAAAGGAAAUGAUAAGGUUCCUAAAAUUCUUAAUAACAAUGAUUUCGAUUUUCAGGUCAAGCAUAGUGGGGAAGCAAUUUAUUUAAAAAUACAUAAAGAGUGAUUGAUACACAAGUAAUUUACGGAGUUAAAAAUGGGUUUGAAUCAUUAAAAUAAAAAAAAACUAUACCGAAAAGAAAAUAAAUAGGCAUUUUACGCUGAUAUUGGAAUAAUGCACUAUCGAAGACCAAAUAAAAGGGAAUCAAAUAUAAUUGGGGAGAUAAUUGUUAAAAAAAUCAUCUUAUAGAUAUGGAAUCGUUCAGACCGGUUAAACAGUUCGACACCAAGGUGGAUCAAUCCCAGCUGGCAACGGAGUGGCGUAAGUGGAAGCGGAGCCUGGAGUACUACUUGGCCGCCAGUGGAAUCACUGGCCAACGAGAGAAACGAAAUCAGCUCUUGCACCUGGGAGGACCCGACCUUCAGGACAUUUUCGAUAACCUGCCCGGAAUUCAUGACGUUCCGCAUGUGUCUUCUGAUCCACCAUUCUACGACGUGGCCGUCCAACAGUUAGAUUCCCAUUUCCAGCCAUGUCGCCGGCGCACGUAUGAAAGACACGUAUUCCGCCAGAUUUCUCAGCAGCAAGGAGAGCGCUUCGGAGAUUUCGUCAUGAAGCUGCGUGUACAAGCAAAUCGGUGUGAUUUUGAUCAGGAUGGAAGUUCGGUCAUGGAAAGCAUGAUUAUCGAUCAAAUAGCUGAGAAAUGUCUUUCUUCAGCACUUCGAAAGAAAAUCCUAGAGAAAGAUCGGUCUCUUGAUGAAGUGGUGGCUAUAGGUAAAACAAUAGAAGAUGUCGAACAACAAUGCAAGGAACUGGCUGCAAAAGAGGGGGUCGGCAGGUCUUCGACGAUCGUGAAUAAGAUAAAUCGACAGCCCUUUCAGCCUUCGAGAACAUCGUUGCAGACAACCUCACAGCGCGCCUUCAAUCAGUCAGGACAAUUUCGGCGGCGCAACACCUACGACCAACCCGGAUACAGACCAGAAGUGAAACGUAAUUGGAGCAACCCCGACAAUCAGCAACCAUUCGUAACACCUGGAAGAUAUCGCCAAAAUACCGACAACAGAAUUUGUUUUGCGUGUGGCCGUCGAGGACAUCGCAAGGGCAGUUCAGCUUGUAUCGCUCGUGAUGCGCAAUGCAUCAAGUGUCGAACAUUCGGUCAUUUCGCAAAAUGGUGCACAAAGAGGAUUAACGAUGAACCAAUACAAGACCUGGCUCCAACAAAACGCAUCAAGACGGUAGAGGAGUCCUUUGAGAAGCGAAAUUGCUUUGGAAAUAACGAAAUUACGGGACACGAUCAAGAGAUUUGUUUCGUUAUGGGAGGAAAUGUAUUCCGAUUCAAAGUGGGUGGCAUUGAGACCAUAAUGACAAUCGACUCUGGAGCAGCGGCAAAUAUUAUCGAUCUUCAUACUUGGGCGACGCUACAAAGGUGCGGAGCAAAACUGGUCUACAGCCCUGACGUGGAUCGCUCAUUCAAAGCCUACGGUUCAGAUUCUCCCCUGCGUAUGAUUGGAAUGUUCGUAGCAGAAAUAGAAGCAGUCGAUAACAAGGUGGAUGCGACAUUCUACAUUGCUGAAAAUGAAACGCAAAGCCUUCUUGGUGAUGAAACGGCUAAAAAGCUCAAAGUGUUGAAGAAGCUAUAAUGUUGGAUCGCUGCAAGAGACUCCGACAAUGUUUCCCAAGAUCAAAGGUGUACUCGUAGAAAUCCCCGUUAACCCCGACGUCAAACCUGUCCAACAACCAUACCGUCGAGCUCCGUUCGCUGUAGAAGAUAAGGUUGCAGCAAAGCUCCAAUACCUCCUCGACCGAGACAUAAUCAGCCUUCAGCUUGGGUAUCACCCUUGGUAUCACCAAUUGUUCCUGUUUUGAAGGACAAUGGGGAGAUUCGCCUUUGCGUAGACAUGCGGCGCGCGAACCAAGCGGUUAUUCGAGAGACGCAUCCGUUACCGAUAGUUGAAGAACUUUUCGGUAGCAUUCAUGGAGCAGUACGGUUCUCAAAACUGGACAUUCGUGAGGCGUAUCACCAAGUAGAGAUUUCUGAGCGUUCAAGGGAGAUAACAACUUUCAUAGCUAAGCAAGGACUGUACAGAUACAAAAGGCUAAUGUUUGGCAUCAGUUGCGCGCCGGAAUUAUUCCAAAAGGUGAUGGAGUCCAUCGUGGCGGGUUUGGAUGGUGUGGUCGUUUAUUUGGAUGAUGUAAUGGUCACAGGGCGUACUCAAAAGGAGCAUGAUGAAAGGCUACAUGCUCUUUUGGCUCGUCUAAAGGAAUACGGAAUUUUGCUGAACGAAGAAAAAUGUUUGUAUAAUGUUCCUAAAAUAGAGUUUGUUGGCCACGAGUUGUCCAGUACCGGUAUUCGCCCAACAGAGAACAGGAUCGAAGCCAUCAAAACAUUCAGAGCUCCGAGGAAUUUGUCGGAGCUACGUAGUUUCCUGGGGCUAAUCACAUAUGUGGGUCGAUUUAUACCUUCUCUGGCCGACAAGACAGAACCAUUGCGACAACUAUUACGUACGGGUGAGAAAUUUGCUUGGAAAUCGCAGCAUUCCGAUGGGUUUGAAGGGAUCAGGAAAGCGGUAACCGAAACGGAUUUUCUCGGUUACUAUGAUCCUAAGGAUCUCUGCAUUGUGAUGACCGAUGCAAGUCCCACAGGUCUGGGAGCUGUUUUGCUGCAGCAAAGCUCCGACGUGUACAGACGAAUAAUAUCAAUUGCCAGCAAAGCCCUUACUGACGUCGAGCAAAAAUAUUUCCAAACAGAAAAAGAAGCCCUCUCUUUGGUUUGGGCGGUCGACAGGUUUCAGCUAUAUCUGCUGGGCAAAAGAUUCCAACUGGUGACCGACUGCAAACUUCUUCUUUUUCUGUUCAAAGAAAGAUCCAAACCCUGCGCUAGAAUCGAACGUUGGGUUCUGCGCUUGCAGGCUUACAACUUCAAAGUAGUUUACCAGCCUGGAUCGAACAAUUUGGCUGAUUCACUUCCCAGAUUGUCAAUAAUGGACCCAGUCCCUUUUAGUAGUUCAGAUGAAGGCUGCAUACUACAACUAGCGGUAGCAGGAAUUCCAAACGCCAUAUCAGUGAAAGAGGUCGAAGAAGAAACUAUGAAAGACAAGGGACUACAAAAUGUCCUAGAAUGUUUGGAAACCGGGAUAUGGAACGAGAUUGCUAAGGACUUCAAACCUUUCAGAUCGGAACUAUGUAGAGUUGGAAACCUUCUUCUGAGAGGCGACAGACUGGUCAUUCCCACACAGCUAAAGUCAAUAAUUCUAGACAUUGCCCAUGAGUCGCAUCCAAGAAUAGUGGUUAUGAAGAGAAGGUUGCGGCACAAAGUUUGGUGGCCCCAAAUGGAUACGGAAGUCGAAUCGUACGUGAAGAAGUGUAAAAAUUGUACUCUUGUAUUAGCACCGAGUCCCCCGAUGAUCCGAACAAAACUGUCAGAUAAAGCCUGGAUGGACCUUGCAAUUGACUUCGUAGGACCUUUACCAUCUGGCCACAAUUUGCUUGUGAUUGUAGACUAUUUCAGUCGUUUCACUGAAGUGGUCAUUAUGCGACAAAUUACGGCAAGCAUGACUGUUAAGGCACUGCACGAAAUAUUUUGCCGUUUUGGUAUGCCGGACUCAAUAAAAACCGACAAUGGACUCCAGUUUAUCAGCACCGAACUUCAAGACUUUUGUAAACAAUUUGGCAUUGAGCACAGAAAAACGACUCCCUACUGGCCUCAAGCCAAUGGAGUGGUAGACAGAAUCAACCGCUCCAUUGGAAAAAGAUUGAAGAUCAGCCAAGAAACGUCUGGAUCCGAUUGGCAGUGGGAUCUGAGGUCAUUCAUUCUCAUGCAUAACUCAACACCACAUUCCACAACCGGCGUAGCACCCUCUCUCCUGAUGUUUGGGAGGAAGAUCAAGGAUAAGCUUCCAGGAUUGCUGAUGAAAGACACCAAAAUCCUCGAGGAGAUUCAAGAUCGGGACUGUUUGCAGAAAAUGAAAGGAGCCGUAUACGCAGAUAAUCGACGAUUCGCUAAACCAAAUGAUCUACAAGAAGGUGAUGUGGUGGUAACAAAGCGUAUGCAGAAAGAAAACAAAUUGUCUACGCCAUUUGACCCUGAAGAAUACAUUGUCGUUUCUCGUAGUGGUUCAGAUGUGACAUUGAAGUCAAAUGAAAGCGGGAGGGUUAUUCAUCGAAAUGUGUCUCACCUUAAAAAGAUCUUUUCAGAUGGAAACGUCACUUGUGAAACCCCGGAAGCGAUCAUGAACCCCACGGACCAAUACGACCAUUCGAAGCAGACGUCAUCAAGCACAGAUGACACCACGUCCGGCGAGCGCGAUUCAAACCGAUCAAGAACUGCUGAAGUAAACCGAGACCGUAUUCCACACAACUUUCCAACCCCAAGAGAUGAAUCGAAUGCCCGUCCAAAACGAGAAGUAAAACAUCCGGUUUAUUUGAAAGAUUACAAAGUUAAUAGCCUUGAUUAGAUUUAAGAAAAAGAGGAAUGUAGUGUCGAUCUACUUGGUUUUCCUAAAUGUGUAUUAACCUUGAGCAUAUCAUACCUUAACUAUGUAUACACCUUAACAAUAUCGAGAAGCAUACCUUUUGUUGUAACAUACCUUGUUGACAGAACAAAUCAGUUCAUUUCUAUCCUCGAUCACUACAGGUGGAAGCAGCACUACGACGAACACCUGAAUCGUGUGAAAAGCACAGACAUGGAGGAUCAAUGCAGCGGAAGAAAUACGUCAGUGCAGCAGAAAACACGUUGAGGGAAGUUAUGGAGCUCAAGAACAAUAAGUCGAAUGGUAUGGAUGAUAUCGGAGCUGAACUCAUCAAGAUGGUCCCAGAAAAGUAGGCCACGUGCCGGCACCGGCUAAUACCCAAGUAACAUUUUAAGUUUUGUUCGGCUCUACAAGAGAUCUUCAUGACCAAUUUUAUAAAACUUGCAAUAAAACUGAAUCAUACAUCAAAACCUCUUGAUAACCUCUUUAAGAGCAUCUUCCGGCUAAGUGGACCACUCUCGGAGAGGUUUAGCAAGCCGCAUUAAGAGUAGCAAUAAAUCCGUUUUAACUAUGACAGCUCAAAAUGCAGAGAAGCUUCUUCGAUGGCACGUUAAGUUCAGGAGGAUACAUCAUUCGUAAGUAGAAAGCGAUUAUUUCAAAGUUAUAUUUUAGUAGUUAUUAUGCUGGUAGGCUUAUGCGCUUUCGAAUUUACCGUGAAUAUUGGGGUUGCAGAAUCAUAAAAUUAAUGCGCUUCGGAAAUAGUGAAUAUUAUCAUCUUGGAAUGAAAUAAAUCAAUUUGUGAAUUUAGUAAAACCAUCUCGAAUCACAAGAAAACUCAGCAGAGAGAGUUUAUUUAUGUGAGCAUGUUAUGAAAAUGGUGGCAAACUAUCAAUUCAUUGCUAAUUUAAGCAAAAUUAACUAUUUUCCAUUCACGUAAGCUAAUUCUUCAAUAUGGCGACGACCAUAAUCAGCGAAAAUAAAACGAAAGCAAGUUUGCUUUUAUGAUGACCGCAACAAACCUAGCAGUGUCGUAGUUUCUGCUUUUCCACCAACAGAUGUCGUUACUAAUCGAACGGAUCGCCAUCUGUUGAGAGUUUUAACAGCUUUAUUGUGGUAAUAAUGAUUGCCAGUUAGCCUAGUGGUUAAGGUUAUGGAUCGCCAAUCCGGAGACGGCGGGUUCGAUUCCCGUUCCGGUCGGGAAAAUUUUCUCGACUCCCUGGGCAUAGUGUAUCACUGUACUUGCCACACAAUAUACAAAUUCAUGCAAUGGCAGGCAAAGAAAGCCCUUCAAUUAAUAACUGUGGAAGUGCUCAAAGAACACUAAGUUGAAGCGAGGCAGGCCAAGUCCCAGUGGGGACGUCGUGCCAUAAAGAAGAAGAAGAAGAAUGAUUGCCAGAAGGUUUACAUAUCGGAAAGUUUUGUUUACUCUUGAAAUUUGUCUUUAUGGAUAUCUUCAAGUAUACUAUAAAACAUUUUAUCAAUGGUUUUCAUAAAAGCAGUCAUAAAACUGUGAGUGUUAAUUAUUUCUGUAAUAAAACCUUAAUAAAAAUCAAUCAACACCAAUCAGCAAUGGAAUUGUUACUUGGGUAGUCUAGAUCUGGGUGACCGAACACUAGAACAGCUACCGGAGGAGUGGGGUUAUUUGCCCCAUCUAUAUGACGCCAAAAAAGUGCUAUCCCAGAUCAUCUUCUGUCGUCUGCCAUCUAAAAUUAAUGAGUGUUUGGGAAGGUACAAGCCGGUUUCAUCGACGGCCGGUCGUCAAUUCUCCAAAACAGCCGUGAAUACCAGAUCCCAAAGAAUAGCCUGUUCAGCAACAUACAACUGUAUCGACGGCACAAAACUAUGGCAAAUCAUAGACGAUCCUGGGAUUUCCUGGGAAUCUGACCAGACUGAUCGAAGCAACGAUGGACGGUGUGCAAAACUAUGUAACAGCUUCGGGUAAACUAUCCAUUUCAUUCGAAUCUCAUCGGAGACGGUGACCAGAUGACAGACUCCAUACCUGCUCUUCAACAUCAGUCUGAAAGGUGUGACGGAAUCACAGCAGUAAUUGUUGAUGGGCUGAUAAAUUUCCUAAGUAAUUUCUGUGAGAAUUCUCGGUGGAACUUCAAUGGGAUAUUCAAAGCGGAAUUAUAAUAGAACUAGUAUUAAGAAUCAAGCACAGUUUUUGAAGAUGUCGAUCUUAGAUGCUGGGUGCGGUUCAAGUUCAUAAGAGACGAUUCAGCCAAGGGCUGAAAGCAGGGCCGGAUCUAAGGGGGGGCCGGGGGGGCCCGGGCCCCGGGCCCCCACAUUUUAGGGGCCCCCACAAAAACCUUUUUUGGUUGCUAACAUUAGCUUUAUUUUUCAUAUUGCUCAAGUACUGUUCGAAAAUAAGGAAAAAUAUUUUUGGUCAUCUCUCCGAGGGGCCUCCACAUCCGCUCGGGCCCCGGGCCCCCACAAUCCUUAAUCCGGGCCUGGCUGAAAGUCUCUUAAAUAAAGACAAAUCAAUCAAUCAUGUUCAUAUUCUAAUCUUUUUUUCUUUUUUUUCUGUUGGUAUACUAUAUCUUCUUGCCUAACAAACGAUGAAAGUGUUGUAGCAAACAAUUGUUAGCUGAGCAUAGAGAAAUCUAUGGGGUCUCCAGUUAGCCUAGUGGUUAAGGCUAUGGAUCGCCAAUCCGGAGACGGCGGGUUCGAUUCCCGUUCCGGUCGGGGAAAUUUUCUCGACACCCUGGGCAUAGUGUAUCAUUGUACUUGCCUCACAAUAUACAAAUUCAUGCGAUAGCAGGCAAAGAAAGCCCUUCAAUUAAUAACUGUGGAAGUGCUCAAAGAACACUAAGUUGAAGUCCCAGUGGGAACGUCGAGCCAUAAAGAAGAAGAAGAAGAAGAAGAAGAAGAAGAAGAAGAGAAAUCAAUGAAAUUUUAGUUUAAAUAAAAUAUCUGGACGGGCAAUCUGCUAUCCUCAGCAUGGUCGCUUUUAAUGCUUCAGCUACCUAUACGGGCACUAAUAGAUGUUCUAAAAUUAUGUUCUUGUCCUUCAAGAUGAUGUCAAGUUUACUGAUCCAGAAAAAAAUAUUGCAUAGACACAAAACAUUCAUUUCAAACGAAGCACAAACAACAACGAAAC